AGGUCUGAGCGACAUUGCCCAAGAUCCCCUGGAGUGGCUGGAAGUGUUUCUGAGGAGGAGAUCUUCCCCAGCUGGGUUGUCUGAGACCGAGGUGGCUGUCAGCUGCACGUGGAGAGUGAGCAUGUCAAUGGCCAAGGGCCCGACCCUGCUGGAUGGAGAUCUCCCUGAGCAGGAGAAUGUGCUCCAGCGAGUCCUGCAGCUGCCUGUGGUGAGCGGGACCUGUGAGUGCUUCCAGAAGACCUACAACAGCACCAAAGAAGCGCACCCCCUGGUGGCCUCUGUGUGCAAUGCCUACGAGAAGGGCGUACAGGGUGCCAGCAACCUGGCUGCCUGGAGCAUGGAGCCGGUGGUCCGCCGGCUGUCCACCCAGUUCACAGCUGCCAAUGAGUUGGCCUGCAGAGGCCUGGACCACCUAGAGGAAAAGAUCCCGGCUCUUCAAUACCCUCCAGAAAAGAUCGCUUCUGAACUGAAGGGCACCAUCUCUACCCGCCUUCGAAGCGCCAGGAACAGCAUCAGUGUGCCCAUUGCAAGCACCUCUGACAAGGUCCUGGGGGCCACUCUGGCUGGCUGCGAGCUUGCCUUGGGAAUGGCCAAAGAGACAGCAGAAUAUGCCGCCAACACCCGGGUUGGCCGACUGGCCUCUGGAGGGGCUGAUCUGGCCCUGGGAAGCAUCGAGAAGGUGGUAGAGUUCCUCCUGCCACCAGACAAGGCGGAGUCAGCCCCUUCUUCUGGACGGCAGAAGACCCAGAAGGCUCCCAAGACCAAACCAAGCCUCGUGAGGCGGGUCAGCACCCUGGCCAACACUCUCUCUAGACACACCAUGCAGACCACAGCAUGGGCCCUGAAGCAGGGCCACUCUCUGGCCAUGUGGAUCCCGGGUGUGGCACCCCUGAGCAGCCUGGCCCAGUGGGGUGCAUCAGCAGCCAUGCAGGUGGUGUCCCAGCGGCGGCAGAGUGAGGUGCGGGUGCCCUGGCUGCACAACCUGGCAGCCUCCCAGGAUGAGAGCCACGGUGACCAGACGGACACAGAGGGAGAGGAGACGGACGAGGAGGAGGAAGAAGAGGAAUCAGAGGCAGAGGAGAGCGUGCUCAGAGAGGUAACAGCCCUGCCCAACCCGAGGGGCCUCCUGGGUGGUGUGGUACACACCGUGCAGAAGACUCUCCGGAACACCAUCUCAGCAGUGACAUGGGCACCUGCGGCUGUGCUGGGCACGGUGGGAAGGAUCCUGCACCUCACACCAGCCCAGGCUGCCUCCUCCACCAAAGGGAGGGCCAUGUCCCUGUCCGAUGCCCUGAAGGGUGUUACGGAUAACGUGGUCGACACUGUGGUAAACUAUGUGCCGCUUCCCAGGCUGUCGCUGAUGGAGCCGGAGAGCGAAUUCCGAGACAUCGAUAACCCUCCUGCAGAGGCGGAGCGCAAAGGGUCCGGGGCGCGGCCCGCCAGCCCGGAGUCUACGCCGCGCCCCGGCCAGCCCCGCGGCAGCUUGCGCAGCGUGCGCGGUCUCAGCGCGCCCUCCUGCCCCGGCCUGGACGACAAAACCGAGGCGUCUGGGCGUCCGGGCUUCCUGGCUAUGCCCAGGGAGAAGCCUGCGCGCCGGGUCAGCGACAGCUUCUUCCGGCCCAGCGUUAUGGAGCCCAUCCUGGGCCGCGCGCAGUACAACCAGCUGCGCAAGAAGAGUUGAGCAACUUGUGCCCCUGCUCGCCCCGGCGCCACCCCGCGGGAAGGUCGCUUCUCCCCAAGGGCCUCUUCUUUAGGGUGGCCUCUUGGGAAGCCCGAGCCACGACCCCAGGAUGCUCUCGAGGCACACAUCAUGUCUAAAGCAUCCUUUGGGGGCUUGACCAUCAGAGCCAGUUUUUAAGGGGCACCAGAGCAGCAGUCGACUGUCUCCUCCUCUCGUGGGCAGAAUCUCUCACAGCUUAUUUUUUUUUAAACUAUAAAAGCAAUUGCUUAAUUGGAUUUCUCACUUCUUUAACAAAACGUGUGGCCAGGUGACAUCUGACUAGUUCUAAGAAUCCCCUUCUCUGUGGACAGGAAUCUAUUGCCAAAAAGUAGUGGGUCAGUUGACAGUUUCUUUUCUUUUUUCUCCUGCCUUUCUCUACCCCCCCCCCAUUUCUUUUUCUUUCCUCUUCCUCUUUCUCCCUCCUCCCUUCUCCCCCCUCCUCCUCCUCCCUCCUCCUCCUCCUCCUCUUUUUUUCAGUAAUGUCUCCGUAUAUAGUCUAGGCUGGUUCCAUUUCCAGUGCUAGGUGAGCCCCUCUCUGGCCAGCUCUCUCUGAAUGUCAGGAAUUCUCAGUGCAUUUUUGUCGCUGAGUUCUGUGAGAGCCUCUGACUACCUAGCUCUCAGCACACUGCUUUGAAAAGAACAGCUGAGGUGCGGAAGCUUUGUGUGUUUAUUUAGACAGCAGCUCCGGUUUCUGAGGCUCUCUCUCCUGCACAGGUGGGGCCUCGGGCCUGUCCUCUCUAGUGCCAGCCACUUUCCCACGGCAUCACUGCCUGUGUGGUCACCCUGGAAGGUUGAUUCCCGAGAUGCUGGGAACCAGCAGUGGCCCUCUUUUGCUUAAUAUGGUAUAUAAUAUAUAGAGCACAUAUCCUCAGUCCCUGUUCAUUCUAAAUCCCAUUCCUAGAAAUACCGAUACUUGGUCAAUCUAUAAAAUUCAUAAUAUAU